AUGUGGCUUCUCAGUACCUCCCGCGCUGAGUUGACGCACUUCAACAACCCAGAGGACGCUCCGGGAGGAUACGCCAUCCUCUCGCAUGUCUGGGAUCAGACGGGCGAGACUUCAUUCCAGGAUAUGCAAGACAUCAUCAGAAGACACUCCCCGACGACCAACCCGAGGGACGAUGCCUCUGCGAAGAUCCGGGAGAGCUGUCGGUUGGCAGAGAGGAGUGGACUGCAGUGGAUCUGGAACGAUACCUGCUGCAUCGACAAGACGAGUAGCGUCGAACUGUCAGAGGCCAUUAACUCCAUGUUUCGCUACUACUCCCUAUCGAGAACCUGCUAUGCGUACCUCCAGGACGACCCCGAUUCUGCCUUUCGCAGGAGUAGAUGGCAUAGACGCGGCUGGACCUUGCAGAAACUCAUCGCUCCCUCCUCCCUCAGACUACUUUCUCAGAGCUGGGAAGAACUCGGUACCAAGGCGCAGCUCUGCAAUCUACUCCAGGAGAUCACCGGCGUACCCGCUAGCAUUCUGCGGCACGAGAAGGUCCCCGGUGAUUUCAGCAUCGCUCAGCGGAUGUCAUGGGCAGCGCACCGCCAAACGACGCGUGUCGAGGACGAGGCGUACUGCUUGAUGGGCAUCUUCGACAUAGGGAUGCCCGUGCUCUACGGUGAAGGGACGCGCGCAUUCCGGCGGGUGCAGGAGGAGAUCAUGAAGUUUUCCAUGGAUCCUACUCUAUUCGCGUGG